AUGGUUUCCAACAAAUGCCGCGCUUUGGGGGUUUCAGUAUACGUACAAACAAGUCUGAAGGAUGUUUAUGAGUCUGUACUACUCGAGGAUCUAGUUGCCGCAGUUGAGAAAUCAGUUGACGACCGACUGUGGCGGUAUGUUUUUUAUGCGCCUGUCGAAGAGCUCCGAGCGGAACUGAGAAAGCUCGAGAGGAAUAGUUCUCGGCGUCAGGAAGUCAUGGAUGAACUCAGUAAACUGCUGGACAAGGGGACUGGGUUCUAUCACGAGAUGAUCAUGGCUCUGCGCAGUGAACACAACCUUGACCUCGGCAAUAUUGCCGUCGAAGUUUUGCAGGCGGAUUCAGGAACAUCCAACAGGAAUAAACCGUCCGAAACGAGUCGAUUUUCCCAGCAACAACAAAGUCAACAGCAGCAGCAACAGCAGCAGCAGCAACCGCGUAGCAGGAAUGGCCGAAACCGACAACAGUCCAAAAAGGAGGAAUCGUCAACAGUAUCCUCGCUGGUCCCUGCCUACCCGAAAGAGUCACUGGCGAGCUGUAUCCAAAAAUGCUUUAUCUAUCUAGGAGACUUGGCGCGAUACAGGACCAAUAUUCGGUUAGAGACACAGGCUGUCGAAGCUAUAUCAAAUUCAACUGGAGAGGAGACCACAAAGUCGACCCAGUCAAGGCCAUCCGCGUCGGAUUGGCAGGCGGCCUUUAGAUUCUAUCAAAGAGCCAUUCGUGUAUUCCCUGACAGCGGGAAACCAUAUGGUCAACUCGCCAUUCUCUCAUCCUACGCCAGCGACGACAUUGAUGCUCUGUAUUGGUACUGCCUGAGUCUGGGCGCAAAGAUUCCUUCAGUGGUUGUGCGAGACAAUCUCAAGGUGUUUUUUUCUCGGUACCAGAAUCGGUUCAAGGAUCUACUCGCUUCGAUUUGCCCGAACGCAGAUGACUCCAAGGGAGCGAUGGUGAUGAGUCUGGAUGACGACGAAGAGGACGGAGACGAGUCAAUUGAGAACGAGACAAAUUUGGCGCAGCAAUUGGCAUUGGCACGGUGCGAUCUGAGCGUUCUGCUCAUCAAGAUACAAAUGGACCUAUUUUCACCGAACCUCCGCAGUGUAACAUUUUACGACUCAACUCUGCUGGAUGCACUGUGUCAAAAGCUGUCGAGUAGGUUGGCGAGCAGAGGAUUUGAGAGCACGGCGCAAAAGAUGGUGGCGUCGAUUGUCUUUAUUGUCUAUGACCUUCAUGCCAGGACGACACUCUCUUCAUUUCCGACAGAAUCGACGACCAAGGAAGGCUCUAUGGGACUGAAGCAGGCGCAGAGAGCAGGACUCAUUUAUCUCUUACGAGUGGCGACAGUGUUGAUGGAUCGCCAACUGCUCAUGCUGAGCUACAUGGGAGAUCGUAAAAAGGGCAAGUCUGCAGCGUCGUUGCCUAGGCUGGACCAGGAGUUGAUGUCGCCUGUUCAUUGUCUGAUAGAGUUCUGGAUGUCGUACUGGGACCAAAUUUGGGGGAUGAUUCGACUGGAGGAGAAGUGGGCAGUUCGCGAUCAGCACGCAGACGACCCCGAUGUCGAUGAUGCUUCACAGAGGGCGCUCUGCCUGUUGCAACAGGAUCGGGGAGAUUUCUAUGGACUCAUGCCGUUUCGCCGUUUUCACUUGCAGUUGGCGCCGUGUAUGGACACAGCAGAGAAUUUGGAGGAGACGCGGUUCAAUCGACUGCUACUCUUUGCGACCAAGGUCAUUCAGGCGAGCGAAGGUAUCCGGGGGACUGUUAUCGAGAUGUCUUUUGAACCUGUCGGUGCCGCUGCGGACUCUUUGGAUCAAGAUACGAGCAGGCCUUCACAGUACCGUGUCCUGGAUGCCGACGACAAGCGCUUGUUGAGAGAAAAGGGGUCAAAGAUGUUGGCGUCUCAUUGGCUUCAGGAUCAGGUCACGACGCUUCAAAAGGGACUAGAGGAUACCGGACGGAGGAUUGCACAACCUGGACGUGGUGGCGAUGGUGGCGGACGACGAGACAACACAAACAAAAUCCCGAUCACCAUGCUUCCGUCCAUGGUCAAGCUUCCUGCCACCGGCCAAACACGCGUGACGGACCACUUUCAACGGGAGCGGAAAGAGCGAUCCAACAUCGGCGGCGGUAAGAUGGGUGGUGCUCAUUCUCCCCAGUCCAGACCAAGUCGACCCAACCACAACAACAACAACAACAACAACAACAACAAUAACAACAACAACCAUCUCUACGCCAACUCGAGCAACAGCAAGUACCAAGGUCCCCCACGGUGGACCUGUGUCGUGGACAUGUCGGUUCUGGUCUGGAAUCUGAACGAGAUCAAGACGUUGUUGGAUCACCGGCAGUGUCUGUUGAUUGUGCCGCUGGAUGUCAUUGACCGACUGGAUCAGGCCAAGAAGGGACAGGACAAGGGAAACCAAAAGACGAGAGAGGCGAUUCGGUUCCUGGACGAUUGGCUGAAUAUUGUUAGGUGGGGGCGAACGGAACCGUUGUUGGUGGGGCAAAAUGUGAAGGACAGUCUUGGACGGUGGAGUGAGGCUGUGCCGUAUUUGGUUGAGGAGGAACCGGAGGCGAAGGAGCAGGAGGGACAUGAGCAUGUUGCUACGAACAGCAAGGGCGAAGGUGGCUUGAAUGGAAAGGGGGAGACCAACGGACAAGAGAAGCAGGAGAACGGCGAUGGCGAUACCGUCAUAAUAGAUUCGGACAUCAAGACCACGACGACCAACAACCAACAACCCCCAGAUGCCAACGAUACCCCUGCCAAGCAACAACAACAACUCGAGGAGGAGAACGAAGUAGAGGUGCGGAAUGUGAUGAAUGUACCAAGGGUGUGGCGUCCGAUCCUGGGCGCUUGUCUGUUCAUGCUCCGAAAGCGAGAAGAGACCCAACGGAUCCCUAAGGACCGGUUCAUCCUCCUUACGGAGGACCCGGAUCUGGCGUAUUAUGCUGGGUGGUUUGACAUCCCUGUCAGCGAUAUCCAUGCCUGGAAGCAUCAUGGCAUCUAG